AGUAAAAAUAUCAGCUGUUAGCUUUGAUAGAAACACACGAAACCGUGACAUUUAAUUCUGUCAACAAACAGUUGACUCAUAACAGUAAAAGUUUUUUUAUUAAAAAUAACUCUUAAACAAUGGUAAUUGUCACAACAUAACAACAGUAAUUAUUAACAAUCUAAAAGAGGUUAUUGAUUAGAUUUAAAGUGACACUUUAUUAUAAUUGUUUAUAAACGGGAGAUUGGCUAAGUGAAUAUUUAGAUUUUUUAAUGACAUGGUGUCUUGUGACGAAACUAGAAUAGAAUUGGUACCUAUAAUAAAGGAUAAUAAUUACAAAAAUGGUUGCAAGGAAGAAACGGUGACAUUUGUUGAGCAGUAUGUCAAAGAUGUCAAGGAUUUUAGUUCUCAGUAUGGAAGCAAUAUUAGUAUCUCAUACACUGCUUAUAAUAUUGCUGGUAAUCCUAGUAAAUUUCCAGACUAUGGAGAUUAUCCGCAGGCCUUUGUUAUGAGAACUUACGGAAAUUGGUGGGAUGAAGCGCCGUCACGAUUGAUUGAUUUUAUGCCUGCAAAUAAUGAACCGAUUGAUAGUCAUGACUAUAUUGACAUCGAGUAUCACAAAGAAGUCUACCCAAUUAGAGUAUCAAUUUACGAAACCUAUAACCCAGGUAGCGUUAUAAAAAUCUGGGCGCGAGAUCCGUACGGACAAUGGCUGCUGUUAUGGAGUGGUUUGCCGCAGAAAGUGUCUCCGAAGCCGCGGAUUUUUUCCCCGCCGCUAAAACUCUGCAGCUUCAAAACCAAAGUACUGAGACUGGAGUUUAAUCACUCGCAGCUGGACUACUACACGGAGUUGGAUGCCGUUUUGCUGAUCGGGACUACCGAGCUGAUUUUGCCUCACGUCGGGUUCAAGAACCGGAACCUCAGCGCUUUGCUUCAGCAGCUCGGUGGUCAUUCUAGUUCCAGUAGUGAUGAUUUGUACAAUCUCACCCCAGAACACACGAAAGCUCACUGUGAUUUGCUUAAGCUUAAAAGUACUCUUCAUAAACAUUGUGUUCUAUAUAAAAGUAAAAUAAUUGACAAAUUACCAAAAGGAACUUUGUUGUCAAAGCUAGGAUUAAAUUGCCACUGCAUACCGCCAAUUGAAGAAGCUUUCAAUAGCUUACAGCAAUUUUUACAAGAAGAUUUUCCGAAGUUAAUUAAAGAUAUUAAUGUUUCUUCCCAAUCCGUCCAUGAUGUCUCUGCGAAUUCUAAUACUUCGGAUAUCUGCGGAAAUUUUUCAGUGCUGCCGGAUGAAACAGUGCUGAAAAUCCUAAAAAAUUUAGACUUGAAAUCCUUAUGUCGGAUUUGUCGAGUGAAUAAAUACUUCAAUGUGAUAGCGCGAGACGCAUUGCUCUACACGAGUUUGAAUUUGAAACCCUACUGGAAUUGCAUUGAUACGAGUGCCUUGAGCAUUAUCCAGCCAAGGUGUAAAUACUUACAACGGCUUGAUCUAUCUUGGUGUGGGAAUUACGAGUCAAUAACAUCACAGAAUUUCAUUGAUUUUAUGCACUCGUCUGGUUGUUCGUUAACACACUUAAGGCUCAAUUGCUGUCGCUUUGUGAAUGAUCAUGUUGUCAGCGAGAUUUCUUCCGUGUGUAAAAAUCUCAAAGAAUUGUGCUUGCGUAAUUGCACAUCAGUUACCACAGAAGGAUUCGGCGAUCUGGACAAAUUACACUGUCUAGAGCGACUGGAGCUGUACAGAACUUCAAUAGAAACAGCAGAGCUGUGUUCAAUAUUAAAGAACAACAAAAAAAUUCGCCAUUUGAAUUUAGCUGGCGUAAACGACCGCCUGAAUAUGGACGAAGUAGCUCUGGAAUUAUCUAAUUCUUGCAACUAUUUAGAGAGUAUAGAUUGUUGGAAGGUCCAAACUCUCACGCCAGUCGGAGUACGUGCCCUCACACGUUGUACUAGAUUACGUGAAGUUGAUUUUGGAUGGUGCGGAGGAAUGGGAGCACCAGGCGAUUCACUACGUACCUUUUUGACCUGCUGUACAUCUCUGGAGAAAGUGUUUUUAUCAGCGCUUCGUGGGCUAACAGACCGCGAUAUAGAGCCUCUGCUCCUCUGCCAGCAACUUCAGCAGCUGGAUAUCCUCGGGGCCCGAUCACUCACUUCAGACAUCUGUCUUCGCUUUCUUCUCUGCUGCCCGCAAUUGCGUAUGAUGGACCUGAGCUUCUGCGACGCCAUCAGUGAUACUAAAGUCCAGGAAUGGCGACAACUUUAUCCCCACGUUUCAAUAAAACGUAGCUUCCAAGUCAGUUGUCGCGACAUUCCGCGUAAUUAAUUUUUUUUGCUGUACAUUUUGUUUCUUCGCUAAUUUUAUUUUAAUUGAAAACAAUUAUUUUUACUGUGUGAUAAUUUAUGUUAUCAUAUAUAUAUUGUAGUGUGAUCUAUGUACACGUAAUUUAUUGUACCUAAACAAUGAUACUUGAAAUAAUUAAGACAAAAUUUAUAAACCAAGUUUUUAUAUAUGAAAAAUUAUGACUG